AUGGACCGGCUGGUGAGCGUGGACGCCAAGGAGCUGGAGAUCGAAUUCCGGCCGUCGCAGCGGUGCUCCUCCGCCGCGUUCCGCGUGACCAACCUCAUGCACACCAUGGCCGUCGCUGUCCACCUCUCCACCACCCGCCCCACUGCUUUCUCCGUCCACCCCGCCGCCGUCGCCGUCCUCCCACCGCUCUCCUCCACCACCUUCUCCCUCCUCCUCCUCCCAUCCCCCAGCCCCCCGCUCGCCUCCCCGCCCGACUCCCUCCUCGUCCGCUCCGUCCUCCUCCUCACCGGCAAGCCCGAUAGCCCUGCCGCCCUCCUCCGCCUCUUCUCCCGCGCCCCCGCCAAAGCCACCGUCUUCCGCGACGCCGUCCUCCCCGUCGCCCUCGUCGGCCCUCACGUCCUCCGCUCCCUCCUCCAAUCCCGCGGCUCCCUCGAGGCCGCCUUCCUCCUCUCCCGCGCCGCCUCCGCCUGCUCCCCCGCCUCCGUCACCGCCCUCCUCCUCCCCGCCGCCGCCGCCGGCGACCAUCGCCUAGUCUCCGCCCUUCUCGCCGCCGGCGCCGACCCCGCCGUCCGCGGGGACGACCGCCGCUCCGCCCUCGCCCUCGCCAUCGCCUCCGGCAGCUCCAACGCCGUCGCCGCCCUCCUCGACGCCGGCGCUCGGGUCGACCCCGCCGCCCCCGAUCUCCCUUUCCACGCCGCCGCCGCCUCCGGCCGCGCGGACCUCAUCUCCCUCCUCGCCGGAUCCUGCACCGACCCGGCCUGGGCCAGCGCCACCGGACCCGACGGCCGGACGCCCGUUCACGCCGCGGCGGCGGCCGGGCACUUAGACGCCGUCCGCCUCUGCGUCGCCUCCGGCGGCGGCGAUCCCGACCGGGCCGACUCCCGCGGGUGGACCCCACUCCACUGCGCCUCUGCCGGCGGGUACCUGGAUGUCGCCAUGUUCCUGAUCGGCCAGUCCGCCUACGACGCUCGGCUCGUGCGGACGAGAGACGGGCGGAAGACACCGUUCGACCUAGCCAUCGACGGUGGCCACGCGGGGCUCUACGACGCGCUCGGGCUGGGCGACGCGCUCCACCGGGCAGCGCGCGGCGGCGACGUCGCCAGCGUGAGGAGCUGCCUGGCGCGGGGGGCAGCGGUGGACGGGAGGGACCAAAACGGGUGGACGGCGCUCCACCGGGCGGCGUUCAAGGGGCGGAUCGAGGUGGUGAGGGCGCUGAUCGACGGCGGAGCGCAGCUGGAUGCGGUGGACCACGAGGGAUACACGCCGCUACGGUGUGCCGUGGAGGCGGGGCACGCGGAGGUGGCGCUGUGCCUGGUGGCGCACGGGGCGCGCGCCGGUUUGAAGGGAUUCAAAGGCUUGGAUCUCCUACUGAACAAUUUGUCCUUGGACAAAAAUAUUCGUGCUGUCGACAGGUCUUCUUUGGCUUAUGCACUUUCUCCCUGUGAUAAGAAUAGUGUGAUUGAAGCCCCAACAUUACUCAUGUAA